AUGUCUUCUAAACACAAAGAACCCGGCGCCGAUGGGGAGGUGCUACGCCCUGCGCUCUCGUUUGCGGACUUGAUGAGUCUCAAACAACUCGACAGUCCCAGCAACUCUACCAAUCCACACGAGCCGGAGAAGAUUGAGCGGUUUAGGUCUCUCGCGAAGCCUUUCCCGCCGGGGGAGGGUGAGAGGGCGUUCGGGGGGCAUGUCUACGCUCAGACGGCAUAUGCAGCCUCGAAGACGGUGCCCAAAGGAUUCGUCAUUCAUGGCAUGACGGGCACGUUCAUCCUGCCGGGACGAUUAGACGUGCCGUACAUCUACACCGUGCGUCAUCUGCGGGACGGCAAUGCAUACUGCACGCGGGCCGUCGACGUGCGGCAAGCCGGGCGGAUCUGCUUUUCGGCGCUGUGUUCGUUCAAGCGCGACGAACAGCAGCAGUCGUUCGGACACCAGCCGGCGCCGGUGCAGGAACGCUACAAGUCGGUUCUCGCGGGGACGCGUCCGGAAGACCAGCCGCGCAGCCCGAGCGUGGACGUGGACUGGUGGAUCGACGCCGUGCAGCAGGGGAACUUUACGGAGCGCGAGUUCCCGGGGCUGGAUGUGCGGAAAGUCGACAUGAAGGGGUUCAAUCUGUCUGCGGACAUGAAACAGAACCCGACCAAGUACCGGCAGCUGACGCAGUACUCGCUCAAGGGGUCGCCGGACAGCGAUCCGUCCGUGCGUGGGGACGAGCUGAGGCGCCGAGACCAGUCAGGCGAGUACGACAACCUGUAUGCGUGCGCGCAUAUGUAUUCCAGCGAUAAGAACUCGCUGCUGCUGAUUCCGCGCGCGCUGGGACAUACGAGGUGGGCUGCGAUGGCGAGCUUGUCCAUUACAGUGGUUUUCCAUGAGCAUGGCGAUGCGCUACGGAUGGUGGAUUGGGACAAGACGGCCGCUCAGAGCGAGGGGGAACCGGCGAAGCGGUGGUUUAUUCAAGAAGCUUGGACACCGCGGUCCGGGGAGAACCGCGUCAUUCAUGAGAGCUGGCUGUGGAGUCCGGAUGGGAAGAUGGUGGCUACCAGCUACCAGGACGGUGACUUCUCCGCUCGGCUCCAUCAUAUCGACGAGAAUGAGAAAAUCGAGUCACAAAAUCAAACACCGGCCUCUCACCGCUCUCAAAAAGACCAGCUCGUCGUGGUAACGUCUGUCUUCAAAUUCCACAUCAGCUCCAGCUCCAGCUCCAGCUCCAGCUACUUUCAUUCAAUCGUCAUGGCGAUCGAGGUCGUCCCUCUGACAGAAGCUGAUAUCCCCGGCGCGAUCGAGGUCAUCCAGCAAGCCUUUGCCGACGACCCGUAUUUCAAGUGGGUGUUUGACUCUUCCAAGCGUUCGGGGGAAAGCGCUCAGUUCAACAAACAACGAAACCAUGACUCUCUAGCCGCGCGCUGUCUCUGGGGCAUCAACAACGCCCUAUUCUACGUCGCCAAAGAGACGCCCCCCUCCACAGGAGGCAGCAGCACUUCGUCGCGGGUACUCGGCGUGUCAUGCUGGCUGCCGCCGCAUCCGGCCGGCGCGCCAGAGAGCUGGUACAGCUGGGCGCAGGGCUGGGCGCUGUGGUUCCGGCAGGGCCUGAAUAACCUCCGCCACUGGGGCCGGGGCGGGCUCAACGCGCGGCGCUAUUGGAUCUGGAAGGAGCGUCAGCAGGAGGCGCAGGGCGCGAUCUGGGAUGAUCCGCGCGGGUACUAUUUCUGCAAUAUCGUGGCGGUCAGCCCUGAUGCGCAGGGACGCGGGAUCGGGCGGAAGCUGUUUGAGAUUGUGUCGGACCGGGCGGAUGCCGAGGGCGUCAAGUGCUAUCUGGAGAGCUCGAGGAAUGUGCCUAACGUGCAGAUCUAUGAGAAGAUGGGGUAUGCGAUGAGGCGCGAGAUGGAGUGCAGGGAUGGAGAGGACCUGUAUUGCAUGGUGCGGGAGCCGAAGACAAAGCAGUGA